GCUUGAUGGUGAGCAUUGCUUCGCACGCUCUGUGCUUCACCGUCCAUUUCCCUGCGACCGAGACAUCAUCCGCCGCCGAGAUGUCAUCCUCAGUCACUACCGCAACCGGCUCGAAAUCACAGUCGACUCACCGCACACGCCACCAAUCCGAGAAAGAGCAGGCCUCGGUCUCACGCAUUGGAGAAGCCCAGGAUGACUUCUUUUGGACAUACACAGAAGAGCCGCACAGAACGAGGAGGCAGGCAAUAAUAAAGGCGCAUCCGGAGGUUCUGAAACUCUGCGGACCUGAGCCAUUGACCAUUCCGCUUGUCCUUGCAGUGGUUGGUCUUCAAAUCGCCUGUGCAUAUGCGCUCAGAGACAGUCCAGUGCUGUCAUGGCCGUUUCUGCUUACAGCAUACGUGAUUGGCGCUACGGCCAACCAGAAUCUGUUCCUAGCGAUACACGAGAUCUCCCAUAACCUGGCCUUCAAGUCUCCGCUUGCCAACAGGCUGUUUGCAAUUGUUGCCAAUCUGCCAAUUGGUAUCCCAUACUCGGCCUCCUUUAGGCCUUACCACUUGACUCACCACAAGUCACUCGGCGUCGACGGACUGGAUACGGAUCUGCCUACUGCGCUGGAAGCCUGGUUCCUGGACUCUGUUGCAGGCAAGGCAUUCUUUGCGACGUUUCAGAUCCUCUUCUACGCCCUACGACCCAUGAUGGUGUACAAUCUACCACUGACGAAGAUACAUGCACUGAACAUCGCAGCGCAGUUGCUGUUCGACUAUCUGAUCGUGCAGAACUUUGGAGGGAAGGCCUUGGGAUACUUCAUCAUGAGCUCUUUCCUGGCAGGGUCCCUGCACCCAUGCGCAGGACACUUCAUUGCGGAGCACUAUGUUUUCUCGCAACACCAGAGAUCGCAAGAGGCAAAGUCUUCAGAGGCCGCAAAACUGGCGCCACCACCAGCAGAGACCUAUUCGUACUACGGAAUCCUGAACCUGGUGACUUACAAUGUCGGUCUGCACAACGAGCACCAUGACUUUCCUGCCAUUCCGUGGACCAGACUAUGGAAGCUCAACAGGAUCGCAAAUGAGUUUUACUCAGAUCUGCCUUGCCACUACAGUUGGUCCGGGGUGAUUUGGCAGUUCAUUAUGGACAAGGAGGUUGGACUGUGGUGCCGAGUCAAGAGGAAGGAGGGCGGUCGCAAGGUCGGAGGUGUAGAGACGCAAGACGAAAGCCACAGACUACCUAUAGAGAUUACAAGAUAAACAGCAUUGUAAGUGCUGAUUGGCAAUAUGGUUGAUCAUAUAUGCAAACAAGUAUUAUGCAUGGUGCACACGAAAGUGAAGUGUGAAUGGCAGUCGCCUGAAACCAGAUCAGCUGAGCUGCAGCCCACCUCGGAGCUGGAAGCUCGGCUGGCGCUUGACUCAACAU